AUGACAAAGGGAAAGAUGCAGCUUAAUGUCUUAGUAUAUGUUGAUGAUCUGAUUGUGGCAGGCAAUAAUCUUGUUGAACUUCACAAUUUUAAAACGUACUUGGGACAAUGUUUCAAGAUGAAGGAUUUAGGAAAGUUGAAAUAUUUCUUAGGAUUGGAGGUGGCUCGUAGUAAACAAGGUUUUUAUAUAUUCCAGAGAAAAUAUGCAUUGGACAUUAUAAUCGAGACAGGAUUAUUGGGUGCAAAACCUGCAGAGUUUCCUAUGGAGACGAAUCACCAACUGGCAUUGGCAAAAGGGAAUGUAUUUGAUGAUGUGGAAAAAUAUAGAAGAUUAGUUGGCCAUUUGAUUUAUCUGUCAGUUACAAGACCAGAUUUGUCUUACUCAUUGCACAUUUUAUCACAAUUUAUGCAACAACCUAGAAUGGAGCAUUGGGAAGCAGCACUUCGUGUAGUUAGAUACUUGAAGAAGAGUCCAGGACAAGGAAUUUUGUCGUGCUCUGAUAGUGGUCUUAAUUUAAAAGGAUGGUUUGAUUCAGAUUGGGUAAGUUGUCCAUUGACUAGACGUUCAUUAACAAGAUGGUUUGUUCUUCUUGGUUUUUCUCCUAUUUCUUGGAAGACUAAGAAGCAACAUACAAUUUCUCAUUCCUCAGCAGAAGCAGAAUAUAGAUCAAUGGCAGCAGUGACGUGUGAAUUGAAGUGGUUGAAACAGUUGCUUGGUGAUUUAGGAGUUCAUCAUACUCAUGGGAUGAAUCUCUUUUGUGAUAGUCAAUCAGCACUAUGUAUUGCUCAGAAUCCAGUAUUCCAUGAACGAACAGAACAUAUAGAAGUGGAUUGUCAUCUUGUUAGAGGUGCCAUCAUAAGGAAGAUUAUAUCACCCUCCUGCAUGCCUACAACGGUGCAAUUGGCUGAUAUCUUUACAAAAGCCUUAGGAAAAGCUCAGUUUAAGUUUCUUUUGUCCAAGAUGGGCAUCUAUGAUCUGCAUGCUCCAUCUUGA